UUACAGUUACUGCUGCUCUUUUAUUUUUCUUCUUUUGUUUAAUAAAAGUAGUGUUUAUUUUUCGUAAAUUAAGUGAUUUAAUAUUGGAGGGCUUUGUGAAGUGGAUAAAGUUGUGGAAUUCUGAAAUGGGGACAUUGUUGCAGGCAGGCAGCAACCGGGUCCUGCAGAUUUGGGGCUAACCUUCCAUUUUUAGAGCAUUUCUCCACAGUUUCAGUAAGCAGGAUGUAAAAAUGGUGAAGCGGAUAUCAUAUAUGUAGGAUGUGUUGUGUCACCCCUUCAUAGAUGGAUGAUAUCUUUUCUCGCAUGUUAGCACUAACUUCAUCUAUAGCCAAUCGCCUCAUCCAAUUUAUCGAGGAUCUUUUCUUUAGAGAUGUGAGUGGAUUCUUACAAGAUUCAGAGAUCAGUUCACGUGGCCAAUAUCUAAGAUCUGGAACAAGCAACAAUCACAAUGUUUCAAGCUAUUCUAACAUUGCAAGCUGUGAUCUUCAUGAAAGUGAUGUCAGGGAAUGCAAUGAUCAAUCAUUCAUAAAUUUAGGAUUCGAAAGCGUAAACCGAAGUUACUGUAAGAGUGUCGGCUUCAUUGUUAGAGGGUUGAUGCUCCCCAAAUACUGCUUCGAAUCCGCUUGGGGAUUAGCAUUAGCAUCAUGGAGAUGUUUCUGUUAUCGUAUAAGACGGAUGAAACUUUGUGUGCAGAGCACUGCAUCUCGUGUGCUUAAAACAUUGCAUGGAUCUUCGGGUGACAUUGGGUGGUUGCAAUGUGAUCCUCGAAUGCCUCCAGUGAAGGAUGGUUCGUCUAGGUUCCGGGAACUUCUACAGAGCAUUAGGAAUGGGCUGCACAAACUACCCGAUUCGUUCGUUUACCUACUCAUUCCAGGAUUAUUCAGUAAUCACGGCCCCUUGUAUUUUGUGAGCACCAAAAGAUUUUUCUCGAAGAUGGGUCUAGCUUGCCAUAUUGCCAAAAUUCACAGUGAGGCGUCGGUGGAGCAGAAUGCAUGGGAACUGAAGGAAUAUAUAGAGGAGCUAUACUGGGGAUCUGGGAAGCGGCGAGUAAUGUUGCUGGGCCACAGCAAAGGUGGUGUUGAUGCUGCAGCUGCAUUGUCGAUAUAUUUAAAUGAAUUGAGAGAUAAAGUAGCUGGUUUGGCGCUUGUGCAGAGCCCUUAUGGUGGGACCCCCAUUGCUUCUGAUAUCCUUCGUCAAGGCCAGCUCGCUGACGUGGAAACCCGUCGUAUCAUGGAGUUUAUUAUAUGCAAACUCAUUAAGGGUGAUAUAAGAGCACUGGAGGAUCUAACCUACGAUAAAAGAAAGGAAUUCGUGCGGAACCACAAACUCCCGGACAAUAUUCCGAUAAUCUCGUUCCAUUCAGAAGCGAGUGUGGCGCCAGCUGUAAUAUCAACAAUGUCACACAUAGCACACGCAGAACUCCCAUGGCUGCCUCACAUGAUCGGCAGUACCGACGAUGCAAUAGCGCGAAAAAACGUGCCUGUUAUAGUUCCAGUUUCGGCUGCAAUGGCUGUGUGCGCUUUGCACCUUCAACUACGGUACGGAGAGAAAAGCGACGGCCUUGUGACGUGUCGCGAUGCUGAGGUGCCUGGUUCGGUUGUUGUGAGGCCUGACCGCAAACUUGACCAUUCUUGGAUGGUCUACUCUUCUUGGAAUAAAGACCCUACUCACGAACACGAUGCUUGUGAAAUGUGUGAAGCUCUUUUGACUAUGCUUGUCGAACUUGGAACCUAAGUUUAAAUUCUUGUAAGCACAAAAUGUUUUUGGUCUUUCCGUAACGAAUAAAUUGACAAGUUGCCGUGCAGGUUUUAACGGUGUGAUGCAUCGAUACUUAUUUGA